AUGUUAUUCGUUAAGAGAUAUUUAAGGACUUCAAAUUGUCUAAGACAUUUUAUUAGAAAACCUGCAAUUGAUAUAAAAUAUGUGUUAAAGAAUAGUGAUUUAUAUAAAAAUUCUGUUUUAAAAAGGGAGUUGGUUAACACAGAUGUACUAAUUAAGGAUUUGAAUGAAUUACCCCAAUGUUAUCGAAAUUUGAAUGGCUUAGAUAACCAAAUUAAUCAGGUUCAAAAGACAAGAAAUCAACUAGAAAAGAAAGUCAAAUCCAAUAAGGAUGAAUUAAAAUUUCUCUUGCCACAAAUUCAAGAGUUAAAGAGUAAGUUUAAGGAUCUACAGAAAAAAAGAUCAGAGUUAUAUGCUCGUUUGGAAUCUACUUACACGUCACUACCGAAUCUACUGCAUCCUUCUGUACCACCAAAUGAGCCGGAAAUUGUUCAAUGGAUUAAUAAACCAAUCAAUAUCAAUCAUUCUCUAAAUCAUGUAGAUAUUAUGACAAAAAAGGGAUUAUUGGAUUUAGAACAAGCAUCAAUAACUUCAGGUACGUCUUCAUAUUAUUUAAUUGGUGAUGCUGCUUUAUUAGAAAGGGCGCUGAUAAAUUAUGCUGUUGAUCUAGCCCAAAAAAAAGAAUUCAUAUUUGUAUUACCUCCAAGUUUAACUAGAUUAGGAAUAAUCGAAGCUUGUGGGUUCAGACCUAGAGAUAUGAAUGGCGAGGAACAAAUAUAUAAGACAGGUAAAGACAAAGAGAUGGGUCUUGUUGCUACUGCAGAAAUAACAUUGGCUGCCAUGGGGUUCAAUAAGAUUAUGAAUCUCCCCCAAGGAAACGUACAAAAAUUUGUUGGAUUAAGUAGAUCAUAUAGAGCGGAAGCUGGCGCAAGAGGUAAAGAUACAAAGGGUUUGUAUAGAGUACACGAAUUUAGUAAAGUAGAAUUAUUUUGUUGGUGUGAUCCAGCCAAAGGUGAUCAGGUAUUAGAGUCAUUGAAGGAAUUUCAGAUAGAUAUUAUUCAAUCAUUAGGUCUCUAUGGUAAAGUUUUGAAUAUGCCAGCAAAUGAUUUAGGUAACCCAGCAUAUAAGAAAUACGAUAUAGAAGUGUGGAUGCCAGGCAGAGGAUCAUUUGGUGAAGUAAGCAGUGCAUCUAACUGUAGGGAUUUUCAAAGUAGAAGAUUGAAUAGUAAAUUCAGAAAAGAAGAUGGUUCUUUGGAGUAUAUAUAUACCUUGAAUGGUACUGCAAUGGCAGUUCCCAGAGUAAUUGUAGCAAUUGUUGAGAAUUUUUAUGAUCAAAAUACAAAUACAAUUAGGAUUCCUGAACCAUUAAUUUCAUACAUGAAUGGGAAAAAGUAUAUAUAA